GUCUAAAGUCUGACAGUGUUGCACGCGCUUCAACAGCAAGUGCUUUUGAACAUGUGGUAACAAUUCUGUAAGCUUUGUCAUCUCAGGACUCGCCUCCCAAAACCCAGAAGCCAAUAAAGAAACAGAGGAAGAAAGAGAGAGAAACUGCGUGUUUUAGAGACAAGCCCAAGCGUAAAGAGAGAAAAUCAGGGCUUUGUUUGAAGAAUCUAACGGCAUAUACCGAUACAACAUGAACAUGGAAAACCAAGAAGAAGAAGAAUCUGCGCCAACUGCAACAGCGACAGCAACAUCACAGCCAUCAUCAAAAUACCAGUUAUUUCUAGCAAUCAUGAGCAAAAGGAGAACAUGGGUAUGUCUUUUUGUCUUAGUAUAUGCAAUCCUCUUAUCAUCCUCAUGGAAUUUCCUCAAAUCUAUACUUUCUUGGUACAAAAAUCAAGCCCAAGUCACUUCUGCCUCUUCUGGGUGGCCUGCCUUGUAUGCAUCAGUGCUUCUAGGGGCUGUUUUUGGAAUUCUUUCUAUGAUUGCAGCUCUUGCAGUGGCUGUGCCAGCUACCUUGGUUAUAUGGAUCACAGUUGUGGUCUUAUUGGCUUUCUGUGGGAAGCCAAGGAGGGCCUUAGUGAUUGAAGGAAGGAAGAUCACAAGGGAAAUUAUUGGGUCUGUGUUUAAGAUUUUAUUAAAGGAAGGUAAUGUUGUGGCUGCCGUUUGUGCUGUUCUGGGCUACUUUGCUCUGGUUAGAAGGAAUUAUGAAGGUGAUUGAGGGCUUCUUCUUUCAAACUAACCAGGAUAAUUUUUAAGGCAGAUGAGAAUGGAUUUGAGAAAAUUUCCUACUGUUUCUGGGGAAUUGUUUGAUUAUGUUCUCUUUGUUUUUGGAGAGGUCAAAUUAGGGAUGUGUAACAGUAUUACUGAUUAGCUAUCUAGUUCCUCUGCAAUAUGCAAUUUCUUACUGAUUUGAUGGGCAGUUUUUGUUUUAUUUUAAUAUACAGAUGAGUAAAUUUUUAUAAAUGGAUUCUUGAGGUGUCCUCUUGUUGAGCA